UAUGACUUGGUUUUUUCAAGAUUUAUAUCUUUUUUAUUGUUCUAAGUUUGCAAUCUUAGUUGGGCUGCAUAUGGCAGAAUUUUUGUUAGAUAGCUUUGUUAUUGUAAUGACCAUUUGUGGCUAGUUUGUAUUGGCGAUGCUAGUGACUUUUUUUUUGCUGAAUUAUGAAUCCAAUCCCAGAAUUUCUCUAAAAAAAAAUAGUUUGUAAUUGAAUUCGGGUACUAAUAUGAAAUAAUUAUCAAGGUCGCGGAUUUUAUGUAGUUGAGUUUGAAAAAAAUAAAAGUCAUUGGUUCCAAGAGCUAUUUUGUCACCAUCAAACGGUGAAUAUCGAAUCAGCCUCAUCCUUAAACCCACCCUCCCCGCCUUUCCAUUCCAAUUUCCACCCAUUUCCCUUUUUAUACAGUUAUACCGUACAGAUUAGACUUUAGAAAGAGGAGAAGGAGAUUUCUUUCCAGGCUUAAGACUAUGUCGUUUUGCUCGUCCCUGUCAUAUCCCAACUCUCUGUUUCUCCUUUCCAAAACCAAACCUUUCUCUGCUGAUAUCAAACCUCCAACCGUCUCCCUCAGCUCUCGAUUCAGAGCUUCUGCUGACGUUCCCGAUUUCCUCUCAGCUGAUUGGCUAGAAUCUCGCAAGAAGAAACCCUUUGGCCCCAGAUUAAAUUUUAGCGCAGAAGAAGUUGUUCAGCAUCAGCUUGAUGCCUUGAAGUACAACGACCAACCCCGUCAAGAUUAUGGCAUCGAAGUUUUGUACAGGUUUGCGGGGUUUGAUCCUUUUGAAAGGUCCACCUAUUUUGGGCCAUUCUUUGAUUUGGGGCAGUUUGAACGAUUUCGGCGGAUUUUUCACCAUUCGACCUAUAGAGUGUUGCUAGGCCACAAGGAGAGGAAGAUGUUGAGCAGUUUGUUUGUAGAGGAGAACCGAUUCAAGCAGCGGGUUUGGAUACGAGGAAGUCGUCCAGAGGAAGAAGAAAUAUUUCAGUUCACAAUGGUUCAGAGGGUUGGAGGUUCAUGGGAUGGUUAUUGGCUGACGGAGAGUUUACUUCAUGAUGGAAAUGCUUUUGCUGGCGGCUUGGCGUAUUGAACAUUCGAUGCAGCUAUUCGGACGAUGGUCACUCUGAAGGAGGGAGGUCUGUUUAUGCAUGACAUUUGCUCACCUACUUCCGACCUUAGAAUUUGUACAUGUGGAAGAAUAAGCAAAGCUGUUGUAAUAUGUUGUAAUUAUAGUAUUUCUGGUUGAACUUUGUAAAUCAUAUAUUGUAUAUUCAGUUCUAUAUGUUAUGUUAGUAGGCAGCA